CGUACUUCCGUCAACAUGGCCCUCUUCGUUCUUUCUCGUCGUGCCGGUUCUCUCUCCUCGUCGUGUAAAGGCGCAUUCGCGAUCCAGUGCACCGUUAGUCCGCUAUUGUCGUCUUCGCUCCUCGUCAGGAAUUUGUGCAAGAAAAUGGGUCUCCCAAGAGUAUUUUUCGACAUGUCUGCCGACAAUCAGCCCCUCGGCAGGAUUGUGAUCGAGCUCCGAAAUGACGUGGUCCCCAAAACCGCUGAAAACUUCCGUGCUUUGUGCACCGGUGAACACGGAUUCGGAUACAAGGGUUCCACAUUCCACCGUGUCAUUCCGAAUUUCAUGUGCCAAGGGGGUGACUUCACCAACCACAACGGUACCGGCGGCAAGUCCAUUUACGGCAAUAAGUUCGCGGAUGAAAACUUCACCCUAAAACACACCGGUUUCGGUGUGCUGUCCAUGGCGAACGCCGGUCCGGAUACCAACGGAUCCCAAUUUUUCAUCACCACCGUAAAAACUUCCUGGUUGGACAACAGACAUGUAGUGUUUGGUACCGUUGUCGAGGGCAUGGACGUUGUUAAGAAAAUCGAGGCAUUAGGCUCUCAGUCGGGCAAAACGUCGAAAAAAGUUGUCGUAGCCGAUUGUGGCCAAUUGUAAAUUUUAAAAAUCAGUUACUUUUUUUUAAUAUUUACCUAUAAGUUUACAGAUACACCUAUAUUUGACGUUUCUUUUAACUGAAUCUUUUUCAUGUUUAAAUUUUGCUGAUGUCCUUAUCAUUCCAUCUAGAUUGGUGUAUCGUGUAUUAAAAAACAAUGUUUCCAGUAGGACUUGUGAUCAAUUUGUCAAAGUUGUUUGCCACUAACUAGGUUUAGUGAAUGUCUGCAUUUAUAAUAUUUCUACUUCAGAUCUGCAUUGGAUGAUGUAACAAUGAAUAAACCACAUUAAACAUG